UAGAACAAAGAGAUGAGUUUCAACGACCCUUCGUUAAACUCCAUCAUCCUUUGGUUCGCCGCCGUAACUUCUCUCUUGACUAUCUUCGUUAUCUUCAUCCUUCUCGUUAUCUUUUUGGUCAAACGCCGUAGGUUUGUCGAUGUAUCACCGGAAACAGAAAAUGAGCACCACCGCAGAAGAGAACUACAGGGAAAAGGGCAUAGCGCUUCCGUGAUUGCUUCCUUUUCGACCUUUUCUUACAAACAGGACAAUAACGAUCUCGAGAGCAACAGUCAAGAGAUAGAGUGUCCGGUUUGCUUAGGGUUAAUCCCCAAGAAUGCUGUAAUUAAGGUUUUACCAAAUUGUAAGCACAUGUUUGAUGAGGAAUGUAUUGGUAGGUGGCUUGAAUCGCACACAACUUGCCCUGUGUGUCGUACAAUGGCUGAGCCGAUGGCUAGCACUAGUGCCGAUAAGGUUUUAGAAAGUAUAGUAUAGUUGAUGGUUAAUUUUAUAUGCCAGUUUAUAUGUUUUUUUUCUUUUGCGGAUUGUAAUAUUUCUUAUUGAUAUCAAAAUGUACAAACGAUACUCAGCAUG